AUGAAUCCUGCGAACGUCGGCCGUCAGGCUUGUAAUGAUAUAAGUCUCUUUCCACCUAUCUUACUUUUCCACCUCUCUCUUUCCACCUCUCACUCUUUUCACCUCUCUCUCUUUCCACCUCUCUCUUUCGACCUAUCUCUAUUUCCACCUUUCUUUCUUUCCAUUUCACUUUCUUUCCAACUCUCUCUCUCUUUCGACCUAUCUCUAUUUCCACCUCUCAUUCCACCCAUCUCUCUUUCCACCCCUCUCUCUUUCCACCCCUCUCACUCUUCCCCUCUCUCUCUUUCCACCUCUGUCUCUCUUUCCACCUCUUUCUCUCUUUCCACCUCUCUUUCCACCUAUCUUUCUUUCCACCUCUCUCUCAUUCCACCUCUCUCUCUCUUUCCACGUAUCUCUCUUUUCACCUCUCACUAUUUCCACCUUUCUUUCUUUCCAUUUCACUUUCUUUCCAUCUCUCUCUCUCUCUUUCCUCCUAUCUCUCUUUCCUCCUAUCUCUCUUUCCACCUCUCUCUCUCUUUCCACCUCUCUCUCUCUUUCCACCUCUCUUUCCACCUAUCUUUCUUCCCACCUAUCUCUCAUUCCACCUCUCUCUCCCUUUCCCCGUAUCUCUCUAUUCAUCUCUCUCUCUUUCCACCUCUGUCUCUCUUUCCACCUCUGUCUCUCUUUCCACCUAUCUUUCUUUCCACCUCUCUCUCAUUCCAGCUCUCUCUCUUUCUACGUAUCUCUCUUUUCAUCUCUCACUAUUUCCACCUUUCUUUCUUUCCAUUUCACUUUCUUUCCAACUCUCUCUCUCUCUCUUUCCACCUAUCUCUAUUUCCACCUCUCUUUCCACCUAUCUCUAUUUCCACCUCUCUUUCCACCUAUCUCUAUUUCCACCUCUCUUUCCACCUAUCUCUAUUUCCACCUCUCUUUCCACCUCUCUCUCUUUCCACCUCUCUCACUCUUUUCACCUCUCUCUCUUUCCACCUCUGUCUCUCUUUCCACCUCUCUUUCCACCUAUCUUUCUUUCCACCUCUCUCUCAUUCCACCUCUCUCUUUCUACGUAUCUCUCUUUUCACCUCUCUCUAUUUCCACCUUUCUUUCUUUCUUUCUUUCUUUCUUUCUUUCUUUCUUUCUUUCUUUCUUUCUUUCCAUCUCACUUUCUUUCCAACACUCUCUCUUUUCACCUAUCUCUAUUUCCACCUCUCUUUCCACCUAUCUCUAAAUUCACCCCUCUCUUUCCAUUCUCUCUCACUCUUGCCACCUCUCUGA